UGGGGUACAGCUGAGUUGAGGUGCCUUUGGGUGCGAGAGAGAAGGAAAGCAAGAGGGUGAGAAAGGGUGUCAGGGCUACAGUGUAUCAUGCCGGCCUGGGAGGGAGAGGACAGGUCGAGCCCCAGAGAGGUCAGCUUCCCUCUGUGUGGCCUUGGGCAAGUCACUGAAUGUCCUCACCACUCACCCGCUUUCCCUACCGCCCCCCAAAAGCAAAGGUCUGCUGAUAGUGAGUUUGUUCUCCUUGGUGGCUUAGAGGGGACCACUGUCUCCUGAGCAUCAGGUGCUGAGCAGGUGCUGGGUCCUGGAACGAAGACCCUGUUGGCACCCCUUCCUCUCUGACGCGUGGGGUGGUGACGAAGCCAGAGAGCCGGCAAGGCAGCUGUGGUUCAUCGAUUUGUCUGAGAGGCUGUUAGCUUUUGAAAUCAGACAGGAAGGAGGGUUGAGGUGGAGCCGGCACAGGAAGAGGUGAAGAGCCUGGCUGCUGUGACAAACCGGUGGGCUCGGGGACUGCAGGAGCCAGUGGGCUGUGUCCCUUGCUGCCCCGAGCAGGGCUUUACUCCUUCCCCGGACGGAUCCUGAAGGCUCAGGGCCCAGCCAACUGGCCACAGAGAGACCCAGCACAUCCCCACCACUGCCCAGCUGUCCCCACUGGAGCAGGGCUAAGCCUGGGGGCACUGGGAUGGAGCCGCCCCUGGCUCCUUAGUCUUGGCAUCCCAGAGGCAGCAAGACCCAGGAGACCCAUGGAGGAAGGAUGGCCAACCCCCACCCCUUGAGUUCCUAAGGCCCUGCUGGAGGAGCUGCCGUGGGUGGGCCAUGGGCUGGACAUCCUGCCCACUACAGGUUACAAAUGACACCCCGGCACAGAGGGCUCAGGCAGCCUGCCCAGGGUCACACAACCAGUAAGUGGCGGAGCUCACGCUCGAGCUUGGGCCUGGGUUCUUAUCCAUUUGGUCCCCUGCAUCUGAUCAAUGCUUGUGGCAUUAGGAACGAUUCUCAGCAUCCAGGAACAACCAGCCCCUCCAACCUCCUCCUCGAGGUCAGACUGUGGGCCACUAGCUGGGAGAGGAGAAAGGGUGGGUCCCCAAAGGGUGAGUCCCCACACAUCCUUGGAGGCUCCUUACCUGUCCCCGGCCGCUGGGCAGGGAGACAGCAGGCAGCAGGUUCAGGCUUUCUCUUCACAGCUCCUGGCAGCAAUCCUGGACUCCAUGAGGAAGCAGGAGAUGCGGAUGGGUGGGGAGGCUGGCCAGGGCCAUGGUGCUGGCUCCCCGGCAGAGCAGGUGAAAGCCCUCAUGGACCUGCUGUCCGGGAAAGGCUGUCAGGGCUCCCAGGCCCCACAGACCCCUGACAGGACACCCGACUCUCCACGGGGGCCUCAUGGCAAUGACUCGCGGAUACAGAGACACCAAGAGGCCCUUCUGAGCAGGGCAGGAGGCAGCCUGGAGCUGGGUGGCCCCUCACCCAGGCUAACCAACCUCCUGCUAGUGGAAGGCCUGAUGGACUUGCAGCUGAGGGAACACGACUUCACCCAGGUGGAGGCCACACGUGGGGCCUGGCGCUCAGCCAGGACCAUCGCCCUGAACAGGCUCUUCCUGCCUCUGUCGCGGGUGUCCAUCCCUCCCCGCAUCUCCAUCACCAUUGGGGUGGCUGGUGUGGGCAAGACCACCCUGGUGAGGCACUUUGUCUGCCUCUGGGCCCGGGGGCAGAUUGGCAAGGACUUUUCCCUGGUGCUGCCUUUGACGUUCCGGGAUCUCAACACCCAUGAAAAGCUGUCCGCAGACAGACUCAUUCGCUCCAUCUUUCCACACGUCGGGGAGUCUGGCCUGGAAGUGGCAGCCCUGGCCAAAGUGCUCCUUAUCCUGGACGGCCUGGAUGAGUGUAAGACUCCUCUGGACUUCUCCAACACCGUGGCCUGCACGGACCCCAAGAAGGAGAUACAGGUGGACCACCUGAUCACCAACAUCAUCCGGGGCAACCUCUUCCCGGAAGUUUCUGUCUGGGUCACCUCCCGUCCCAGCGCAGCUGGCCAGAUCCCAGGGGGCCUGGUGGACCGGAUGACUGAGAUCCGGGGCUUUAAUGAAGAGGAGAUCAAACUGUGUCUGGAGCAGAUGUUCCCCGAGGACCAGGUCCUCUUGGACUGGGUCCUGAGCCAGGUUCGGGCCCACAGGGCCCUGUACCUGAUGUGCACCGUCCCGGCCUUCUGCCGGCUGGCGGGGUUAGCCCUGGGCCACUUGUGCCGCCACAGGCAGGGGCCCCAGGACACAGAGCUGUGGCCUCCAAGGACCCUGUGUGAGCUCUACUCUUGGUACUUCCGGAUGGCCCUGGGUGGGGAGGGGCAGGAGAAGGGCAAGGUGAGCCCUCGCAUUGAGCAGCUGGCCCACGGUGGCCGCAGGAUGGUGGGGACGCUGGGCCGGCUGGCCUUCCAUGGGCUGGUCAAGAAGAAGUACGUGUUCUAUGAGCCGGACCUGAAGGUGUUUGGUGUGGACCUUGCUCUGCUGCAGAGCACUGUGUGCAGCUACUUCCUGCAGCGGGAGGAGACCCUGGCCUCCUCGGCAGCCUACUGCUUCACCCACUUGUCUCUGCAGGAGUUCCUGGGGGCUGCGUACUACUACAGUGCAUCCAAGAGGGCCAUCUUCGACCUCUUCACGGAGGGUGGUGUGUCCUGGCCUCGGCUGGGCUUCCUCACGCAUUUCAGGAGCGCGGCCCAGCGGGCCAUGCAGGCUGAGGACGGACGGCUGGAUGUGUUCCUUCGCUUCCUCUGCGGCCUCUUGUCUCCAAGGGUCAAUGACCUACUGGCGGGCUCCCUGUUGGCCCCGGGCGAGCAGCAGGGCUCCCGGGUGCAGGUGGCCCAGUUCCUGCAGGGCAGCCUACAGUCCAGCACGGUGGUCUGUGCCCGGGCAGUCAAUGUGCUGCACUGCUUGCACGAGCUGCAGCACACAGAGCUGGCCCGCAGUGUGGAGGAGGCCAUGGAGAGCGGGGGCCUGGCCAGGUUGACCGGCCCCCCGCACCGGGCUGCCCUGGCCUAUCUCCUGCAGGUGUCAGAUGCCUGCGCCCAGGAGGCCAACCUGUCCCUGAGCCUCAGUCAGGGUGUCCUCCAGAGCCUGUUGCCCCAGCUGCUCUACUGCCGGAGCCUGAGGCUGGACACCAACCAGUUCCAGGACCCCGUGAUGGAGCUGCUGGGCAGUGUGCUGAGUGGAAAGGACUGUCACAUUCAGAGAAUCAGCUUGGCUGAGAACCAGAUCAGUAACAAGGGGGCCAAAGCUCUGGCCAGAUCCCUCCUUGUCAACAGAAGUCUGACUUCUCUAGACCUCCGCUGUAACUCUAUUGGGCCUCAAGGGGCCAAGGCGUUGGCAGAUGCUCUGAAGAUUAAUCGCACCCUGGCCUCUCUGAGCCUCCAGAGUAACAGGAUCAGGGACGAUGGUGCCAAAUUCAUGGCUGAGGCUUUGGCAGCCAACCGGACGCUCUCCGUGAUGCACCUGCAGAAGAAUACCAUCGGGCCCAUGGGAGCCCAGCACAUGGCAGAUGCCCUGAAGCAGAACAGGAGUCUGAAGGAGCUCAUGUUCUCCAGUAACAGCAUUGGCGAUGGAGGUGCCAAGGCCCUGGCUGAGGCCCUGAAGGUGAACCAGGGCCUGGAGAGUCUGGACCUGCAGAGCAAUUCCAUCAGUGACACCGGAGUGGCAGCGCUGAUGGGGGCCCUCUGCGCCAACCGAGCCCUCCUCAGCCUCAACCUUCGAGAAAACUCCAUCAGCCCAGAGGGAGCCCAGGAACUGGCUCGAGCUCUCUGCACCAACAGCACCCUGAAGAACCUGGACUUGACAGCCAACCUCCUCCAUGACCAGGGUGCCCAGGCCAUCGCAAUGGCAGUGAGAGAAAACCACACCCUCAUGUCCCUUCACCUGCAGUGGAACUUCAUCCAGGCCGGCGCCGCCAAGGCCCUGGGACAAGCACUACAGUUCAACAAGAGCCUGAUCAGCCUCGAUUUACAGGAGAACGCCAUCGGGGACGAAGGCGCCUGUGCAGUGGCCAGUGCGCUGAAGGCAAACACAGCCCUCACUGCUCUCUAUCUCCAGGUGGCCUCCAUUGGUGCGCCGGGGGCUCAGGCACUGGGGGAGGCCCUGGCUGUGAACAGAACCUUGGAGAUUCUCGAUUUAAGAGGAAACGCCAUUGGGGUGGCUGGAGCCAAAGCCCUGGCAAAUGCUCUGAAGGUCAACUCAAGCCUCCGAAGACUCAAUCUUCAAGAGAAUUCCUUGGGGAUGGAUGGGAUGAUAUGCAUUGCCACCGCACUGUCUGGAAACCAUGGGAUCCAGCAUAUCAAUCUCCAGGGAAAUCACAUUGGGGAAUCAGGUGCCAGAAUGAUCUCGGAAACUAUCAAGACAAAUGCUCCCUCGUGCACUGUUGAAAUGUGAGCAAAGCAAGUUCCUGGUGGACCGGGCAGGAGGAUGGGCAGAGAUGCAGCUGGAAGCCUUCAAACAAAAAGACCGUUUUCCAGGGUGAUUUCCUGUUAUCUGGGAAUGAUGCUGACCCGCACCAGAGCUGGUAAACUGCAGAGGCAGGAAGGGUGCUGCCAAAGGAGGUCAGGAGCACCUCUUCUGGUCCAGGGUCGUCUAGGCAGGGGUGAGAUGGACACUGGUCUGGGACAGAGGAAAGGGUCUUCCACUGAGGGACCCAGGACUUACACCUUAAAGCUCAGCAAGUAAGAAGCUGGCCUGAGUUUAUUCAUACCUUGAGGUCUUCAUGUGCCCCCAACUUUUAAAAAAUUAUUACUACCUUUUCCCACUCAUCUGGUUAAAAGGGAGUGGAAAUGAGCUGCCAUAUUCCAGUGAACUGAGUACCAAUUUGGCAUUGUUGACAGAGAGGAUCUUUCUUUUCUCAAGAAGAAAGUUUUAGGAGUAUGAUCCUUAGAGACAUAUGGAAAAAAUGUGGGAUUUUAAAAAAAGAGAAAUAAAGGCUUUAAUUAUAGAAUUCUGGAGACAGAGAAAAAUAAACUUUCCCAAAGUUUUUGCCAUUUUUUAAAUUCCAUCACAAAACCUCUCACAGGCAUGGAGACAUAUGUUAUUUGGAGUCUGGCACACUAGUUAUCUAUAGCACGUUCAAUAAUGUUAUUCUUAAUAAUAAUGUUAUUAUUAUUGGGCUUCCCAUAAUUAUUAUUACUCGGACGACCUUCCCUCUGAAGGCAAGGCCAGAGCUGAGUUUCAUGUGGCAUAGAUUCCCUCAGAUGUCUGUCUGUGCUGAAAGGAAAAGAUCCCAAAUGGACACCAUAGCUCUCAUCAAUUAAAUAACCAAGGGAAAUGCUUACAAAGAUUAUAAAGUAAUUAUCAUUUUAAAAUUUGGACAGGAAGCACUAUUAUUCCUACUACUUCUUUAAAAAUGAGUAUUCAGGCAAGAAUCAAUGGAUACUAAAACCCUGGAUGAAAGCUAAUUGAGGAAGAAGAUAUUCACAUAGUCUCAAAACAUCACCCACAGUUAUCUAAAAGGUAUCUUACAGAAAUUUUACAAAUGUUGCCUUAACAAAGUGAUUAAACUUAAUGUCACCAAUAAUGGGACAAAUGGACAUCAGGGGCCCUGAUGUGAUGCACUGAGAAGGACAUAUUGCUGAUGUAGUAUUUUUGCCAAAAAGGUUUACCUGAAUCUAAUCACGAAGGAAUAAUCCGACAAAAUCAGAAUUGAGGAGCAUUCUGCAAAAAAAGAAAAAAAUAGCCUGACCUCUUAAAAAAAGUCAAUGUCAUGAAAAAUAAAAAAGACUUGGGACUGUUUUAAAUUGAAGAAGAUUCAAGAGACAUAACAACUUAAGAUCUUUGACUGGAUCCUAAACUGGAGGGGGAAAAGCCAGCCAUAAAGAACAUUAUUUGGAAACUGGGGACAUUUGAACAUGGGUCAUGUGUAGUAUUUAUUGGAUUACUCUUUUAAAAAGAUAUUUUUGCUGGGUAUUGACAGUUUUUUCUUUCAGUACUUUCAAGAUGUUAUAUACUGUUUUUUGGUUUGCACUGUUUCUGGCUGAAUUGAGAACUCAUCAGAACAAGAGUUGCAGUAGCUAAAUGUUGAAGCAAACUGUGCUAUGCAGGAACCUAGUUCUAGAGAAACUUCAGGGGCCGAAGCAGUGGAGAAAGAGAGUGCUCUUCAUGGACUUCAAGAGCAAGCCACACUAUAAUUGGAAGGAAAGCCCUGACUUUCUCCAAAGUCUCUCAAGCACCCUCUACUGGCAACACUUAACAUCUUGCUGGCUGAUAAAGGAGAGAUAUUACAAAAAUUGGCACGGUUACAACAGAGCAGGCCAAAAGGUGAAUUUGGAGCUGAGGCAAUAAAUUGAUACUAGCACA